AUGUCAACAAAAAAGUCCUCUUCAAUCAAUUUGCAAUGUGUUUUCAACGAAAACCUUGGAACAGUUGCUGAAACGUCCGAAGAAGGAAAGGAAAUUUUGCAGUACGGAAUCAAAUCUGAGCUUUCGGAAGCGAAGCAGUUAGAACUCUCUAGUAUUAUCGCCAAACAUCAUUUGAGUACGAGAAGUAAGCUACUAACCGAAGACCUCCGAACAUACGCCUUGGCAGUGACAACUCUAUUCAAGUUUGAGCGAUUGGAAAACUACUUCAUCUCAAGAAGCGGUGAUAGAAAGAACCAUGGCGGAAAAAUAGCCAACAAGAUUGGCAAUUUAAAGCAGAGAAAAAGGAAGCGAGAAACUAAAGAAAACGAAUACCAAGCAACAAAACAGUCUGCUAACGAUUGCCAGCCACCUCGAAACGCAGAAGCAGAGGAAGCAGCUGAAUGGUUGCUGUUGAACACUGAUCCAUGGUCUGUUGUUCUAGAAAGAUGGAAAAUCAGCUACGAAGCACGAAAGGAUGAUUUAUUAUCCCAAAAGCGUAUCACCAGAAUUCUUACGACAUAUCCGCAAUACAGAUGCCCACAUGGUUUCCAACUGAUCGACAUUGAUUUCCAAAAAUGUUUUCCUAAAGCUGAAAACGGAUUAAAGAAACUGCAAUUUUUGGUGCCACUGAUCACGGAAUACAUUUCAAAGAAAGCUGUCGACCCAUCUGCGGUAUCGUUGCUUGAGGGACUGACUACUGAUAACGCAAGUAUUGAUAAGAAAAUUUGCAUACUUUUGCUAGCGCUGAACACUGUGCUUCCACCUAUUGCGGUUGCAUCACGUUUUAAGCCUACCAUACUCGUAGGACAACAGGAUACGCUGAUUUUUGUCGACUCUAAAGACCAAGCCCGAUCGAAAAUACAAGAUGUUUAUCGGAACUAUGAAGAUUUGAAUUUACCAAUUGUACACUGAGCAAAAAAUCUAUAUAUAGUUUAUGUGUGAGCGAUAUAGAUUUUUGCAAUAGCAUCAAACUAAUGCAUUUUAUGUGUGGACCUUAUAAAAAAUCUAUAACGGAUGACACAUA